AGAGGGGUGAAGUAUAUGAUAUCGAGCAUUUUACAACGUCAUAGCAGUGUAUGUUGUAUUAGCGAGUUUGCAAAAAGAGCUCUUGUUAAUCUAGAUCGAAAAAUUGUCAAUUUUACGAGACAAUUGUUUAGUCAUUUUAGAUGAAAAAAAAAUCAUUCAUGCGUUGUGUUGUGGUAAGCCUUCCUAUUCAGGCACAUCGAACGUUUUGUUUUUCACAACGACGUUAAGGAAAUAGGUGGGACGAAUAUGCGGAGGAUUUGUAUAUAGACUUUGCACAUAUACCUGUUGAUAGCAAUAUAUGAGAAAGAUAAGGGAUAAAUAUGUGAAUCCUAUAUGAGAAAGACAACAGCCGCCAUUAGCGCAGGAAAAGUUAGGAACAAAAUGUACACUGCUGACUAAAUUUAUUAUGUACGUGACAGUAAAAUUUAGAAAUUGAAGAUAAUUGUAGCAUGUAUUGUUGGUCAUACAAUGGCCCAAGAAUUUUAUAUGAGCCGUAAUAGUAUUUUAUUCAUUCAUUUUAAUCAGGUUGUAUUCAUAUUUGGCAAAUCCUUUUCUUAUUAGUUUUGUAUAGCGAAUAUUGAUAGGAAGUAUUCUUUUAUAACAAGAAUGGAAAUGAGCUACAUUUAAAGCAUUGGCUCAUAUUUUGCAUCAUGACUCUUGUACCGUACGUUAAUUUCACCGACGUUUCCCAGGCAGAGAGUAACAAUGGGAGAGUUCAAGUACAAACAACUCCUGAACAGAGAAAGAAGGAUAUAUCGAUAAAUAGAAUGCGGACUUCCACCAUUAUACUGUCUGCUGGACUGCUUCUUGUCACAAUGUUUGCAAUUGCAAACUUUGCCCUAGUUUUGCAGGUCAAGAACUCCAAGCAACCGAAAAUUAUGAAUCUGAUUAUUAAGUCAGAAAAUUGGUACGAAGCCAGCAACGGUAAAAUGUACAAAGUCUUCGAUAACGACCUCACAUUCACGGACGCGAUGCAUUCCUGUGAGAGUCUGGGAGGUAGACUAGCAUCUGCUGGAAUCCGAGAUAAAAAGUUGAAGAGCGAGAUUAUUUCGGGUCUUGGACUUCGAAAAAAUCUCAAAACAUGGAUUGGAUUGCGAGAUGUGUUUGCAGAAGGUCAGUGGAAAUGGUUGGACGGUGUCGCGACCGUCUCUAACAAGAUAGAUUGGAUGACCGGUCAACCGAGCAAUUUUACUCAAUUUUUUAUGUACAAGUUUGAAGCUGAUUGUGUUUUAAUGUCUGUUUCCAACGGUGGAAAACUUGAGGACGAAGCUUGCAACUUUUAUCAUUAUUAUAUGUGUGAGGUAUAAGAUAAAAUAGCGUAUCUCGAUUAGAAAUUGACAAAUAACCAUCGUUUCGGUUUCCAAAAUUAAGUAAGCGUAUGACAUUUAAAUAUCCAUUCGCAUUGCAAAGAUACCACUAAAGUAACUUCGGCGGUUAUGUGGUUUCCAUAGGAUAAAUCGCGCCAUCUCUCACAGACCCUGAGCAAAAUGUAUAUUUACAUAAAUUAUUAUUACUGUUUUAUUUCAUAUUGAAAUGCUUAACCGCAUCGGUUUUAGUAAGCCACAUUCGGGGGUUUAAUAUUGCCUCUUUGCGAGCCCGAUUUUACCAUUAGGCAAGGUAGGCUGACGCCCAGGAGCCUCAAGCCUUAUCGGACUGGACAUCAAAUUUUUAACUAUUUUUAAAAUUUGAAUUAUUUUUUUUUUAAUUUGAAGGCUUGUUACAGAAUAUAACCAGUUUAAAAUUUUAUAAAACUGAUAUUUGCCUAAUUUUUUAAUCGUUAGGUUUGUGUUUCUUGUCUCCAAUGUUUCUCGUUUGAAAGGUCAAAAAGCUAAAAAGGUCGAAUAAAUAAAUCUGUUUUAAUUGAAAAACUCCACACCUUAAAAUUAAACAAAUAGACACUAGUUUAGGUUUAUGAACACUUUUACUCUAAGAAUGCAUUUAGGGCUUGUUGAAGUUUAAUACUGAAAACUCGAAUUAUAUUGCGCGAACAAAAUCAUUGACCUAGCUGUAUCUUAUUAAAAAUUUCUGCUGAUUGUUCUUCAUUUUGCAACAUCAUUAUUAUUACUUUCAACUUCUGAACGUGAUAUUGCGACGCAUAAAUAUGUACGGUAUGUUCAUUUAUCAAAAACAAAAUUACAAAGUAGAGAACUACAAGAUUUUUAAAUAUACAAAAUAUGAAAACCUAUAUCCAUUUACUUAUAAAUAACACGUUUUUAUUUAAAAUAACUGCUAAACAAAAAUUAUGAAUCAUUCAAAACGAGGAGGAAAGAUUUCUUUCUAUCCACUGGGUCUUAUUUUAAGGGGAGGGCUUAUAUUAAAAUCAUUUUUAAAUUCAGGCUAGGUCUUAUUUCCAUGGAAACACGAAAUUUUCUGAUAAGUUUAAACCAAUGGUCCAAACUGAUGCAAAAUUUAUUAAAAUUAUGCACUUUAUACUAAGAUGUUGAAUAUUUUUGUGUCGACUUUUCAGUUAUUUAUAAGAUUGGCCAACGUUCAGUACGCCAUUACAGCAACUGGUGUUUGCAGUGAAUACUUGAACAUUGAAUGUCCGUGUAUAGAGACUACUGAAUCUUAAUCGGAUAUACAGUAUAUAAAAAAGUAUUGUUUUUUUUUUUUCACAUUUUAGUGACAGAUUUUUUUUUU